AUGACAGACGAACGGGACAUUGUCGGCCAGCUCAAGAAAUUCACAACAUGCGACAUAUCUGAUGCGCUUUGCUCGCUGAAAUAUCCCAAUGGCGGCUUUCUCUCCGGUCUAACCAUGUGGUCCCCUGAGCGGCAGUCCGGCUCCACCAAGAUAGCGGGUCCAGCAUAUACUGUCCAGUAUGUGCCACUCAGCGAUCCUGCGCCCAAGCAUUCGACUCACUACAUUGACCAUGUUCCGUCCGGCUCGGUCGUUUUCGUCUCAUCUCCACGAGAUGUUCCCAAUGCCGUGUAUGGCGGCUUGAUGUCGGCUCGAGCCCACUACCUCGGCGCCGCAGGCUCCAUAAUCGAUGGCCGCUUUCGCGACCUGGAGGAGCAGCGAGGCCUGAACUUUCCGAUCUUCGCGCGAGAUAUUGGGACGGCGCCGCCGUAUGAGUCGGUCAAAGUCGCAGCUGUGAAUGUGCCGGUCAAACUGCAGUCCAUGCAUCAGAAUAUAGAGAUUCGGCCGGGUGACUACCUCAUGGGCGACUUAAACGGGGUCGUUUUACUACCGCGAGACUUGGCUGGAAAAGCCUUGGAGCUGAUGAGAAAGCGAGUUGAGGCGGAUGGCAAGGUGCGCGCUGAAAUUUCAAAGGGUAUGUCGUUCGCGGAAGCCAGCAAGAGGUUCCGGUAG